UAUCUGUUAUUUAUCCUACGGUCGAAGGCGAGUCAAUCGUGAAAAUGGCCGGGGAAAAGCGUACUCAGGAUCAAGAGGAAACCUUACUGUCGGAAACGAUGAUCUUGGUUGACAUCGAAGGCACUACGACGAGCAUAAGCUUCGUGAAGGACACACUUUUUCCUUACGUACGGGAGAAUUUAAAAAAAUAUAUUGAAACUAAGUGGGAAAAUGAGGAAUUCAAACAGGAUUUUGAAAAAUUAAAAGAACAGGCAAAGAAAGAUGAAGAAGAUAAAGUUGAGGGUUUUGUACCAAUUAUUGGUGCUAAUGCAGAAGAAGAAAGAGAGUCACUUGUAAAAAAUAUAUUAUGGCAAAUGGAUUGUGAUAGAAAAACAGGUGCAUUGAAACAAUUACAAGGACAUAUGUGGCGUGAAGCUUACAAUUCUGGAACCGUUAAAGCACAUGUUUAUGAAGAUGUGCCAAAAGCAUUAGAAUCAUGGACGAAUGAUGAUAGGAAAGUCUAUGUUUAUUCAAGUGGUAGUGUUGAAGCACAAAAACUUCUAUUUGGACAUUCUGUACAUGGUGAUUUACUUAAGACUUUACUAUAUUUUACUAUUAAUAUAUAAUAAAAAGUGGGUGCAAAACAAGAAUCAAGUAGUUAUAAAAAUAUAUUAAGUAAAAUUGGAGCAGAGCCAUCAAAUGUAAUAUUUUUAACUGAUGUUGUCAAAGAAGCUGCAGCUGCUAAAGAAGCAGGUUUAUCAACAGCUAUAGUAAUACGCGAAGGCAAUGCUGCUCUUACAGAUGAAGAUAAAGUGACUUUUACAACUAUUAAGUCAUUUCUAGAUUUAACAUUUCAAACUUCUACAAAACGACAAAAAUUAGACCCUACAGAAGCUCAAGAAAAUACAAGUAAGAGUACGCCCGAUGUCAGUGAACCAAUGGAUACUUCCGAAGAUGUUGAAAUGUCUGAUGUCAGUGAGAAAAAGGUUGAUAAAGUAGAAACGAAAGAAGCCACCCAAGAAGAAGCAAAGGAGUGUGCAAAAGAUCAGUUACCAAAAGAAGCUGAAGUCUCAGAUGUAAAAAUGGAAGAACCUAUGGUUACUGAUGCAAAAGAUGCAUCAAGCGCUGAAAAGGUAAAGGAAAAUGCAUCUGAAAAGGUAGAAGUCCCGCCAUCAGAGGUGAGUACAAAACUAGACACUUCCGAAAAUGUACAAUCUGCCGUGAGUGGUGACGUUAAAGCAGCAGUAACACCUUCAAAGAAUGAUACCGAUAAGUCCGUAGCAUCUGAAAAAGUAGAAAAACCUGCAGAAACGACGGAAAAAACUGUAGAAUCUAAAUCAGAGACAACUGUUACUGCCAGUGACCCCUUAGAUGCUGGAACAUGUGAGACUAAAUUAAAGUCUGAAGAAGUUUGUACUACAGAGAAGAAGACUGAAGAAUCUAAAACUGUCGCUAAAGAAACAAAAUCUGAGGAUGCUAAAGUGUCAGACGUAAAACCUAUUGAAGACACAUCACAAGAAAAGAAUAAUAGUAAGGUUAAAGCCGAGAAAACAGAAGAAAGUACUAAUAAAUCAGAAAAAGAAGCAAAAGAGGAGUCCACUGAAAAGGUUGCAGUUAAGCCUAGUAUAACGGAAACUCAGAAAUCAGAAAACGAGGAAUCUUCUGUAAAAUCUGCACAAGAACCCGCGAAAACGGAAGAAAAGCCUGCAGAAAAUGGUGAUGUUUCAUUAACAAAUGUAGAGAAAAUCACUGCACCAACGAUAACAGAACCAGAAGCGACUAGUAGCAAAGCAGAUGCAAAUACUGAAGCGAAGAAUGCGACAGAGACAGUUAAAGAAACAAAAUCUGAAACAAAAUCGGAGUCCGUUAACGUAAAAUCUCCCAAAGCGAAGGACACAGAGGAAUCAGUAGUGCCUGUAAAGGAUACAGAGGAAAAGCAAGUAAGUGUGGAAGCAUCGAAACAGGAAUUGACAGAGAAACCAACGAAAGAAGAAACUGUAGUGGACGAAGCAAAAGAAACGAAUACAACAACAGUGGAUUCCGAAAAGAAAAAAUUAAAUGGUACAACACAGAACGGAGAUACAGAUGUGCCAGUGUCAGAUGACAAAUUACAGAGAAAUGGACUAAAUGAGGGGUCAUCGAACGAAAACGUUAAUUCGUCAACGAGCGAAAGUACAUCUGCGCAAAACGGUGAACCAGAGAGUUCCUCAGAGGCUAGUGCAGAAUCUAUAAAAGUCAAAAAAGUCGUUGAUUCUACAGUAGCCGACGGUGCCGGCGAACCUGACGUUGUUCCCCCCGUAGUUGUAGCUGCGACGUCUUAAUCUUGUUCUUAUACAUUUUAAGAAGUCCUUCAUACAUAACCCC